CGAGUUUUUCUUUCAUUUCUUUCAUUUCCAUAUUUUCAGAUUCAUUUUUUUCGAUUUCCAGAGAAAAUUCGAUUCGAUGGUUUUCGUACGUAUCUACGUAAACGUUUACCUUUGCCUUUGAAUUAACGCACGCUCGAAGGAACAACGCAGAAUCGAGCGACGAAAAUAUGGAGAUCGAUUCGAGAGAGAGAGACAGAAAGAAAGAAGAAAGAAAGAACGAGAAUGAGAAUAAUAUUGUACGCGUUUUUAUUGCACUCGUUGUUCCGUCUUGUCCACGCGAUGGAGGGGGAGGAGACGACGUUGGCCGGAGUGGAAAAGAGGGAGGAGAAGGAGGAGGAGGAGGCGGAGAUGGACAUGGAGGAGGUGGGGAUGACGGAAGAGGUUAUGGAUCCGAAAAUAAAGAUAACCGAUGUGCCCGACGUGGAAGAAACAACCGAGGAGUUCGACCCGACUUGGGACAAAAACAAAGUAAUACGAGACGUGGCCUAUUACAUACGUGGCCACAAAUUUGGCGAUUUCGAUCGUCGCUAUUACAAGAGGUACGAGGACGCGGCGAAAAAGCCGUACGAGGAAUUCCCGAAGCCGGCUCUGAGAUCUCUGCACUGGGAGGUGCACAGAUACUGCGACGCAAGUUUCCUCGAGUGUCUGAGAUAUCUCGAGGGCGUCAUUGAGCAGACCGCGCUGAAACGGCAGGACGACACCAUCACAGCUAUAAAUGAACAGAAAUGGGCCUUGCCCGACAAUAUGCAGCAGAUACUGUCCGUUCAAAGGGAAUGUCUAAACGCGAUGGAGCGUGACAAAAAAGUGAUGCCGCCGUUCGAAGGUCCGAUAGAACGAUUUCAGUGGCGCACCACGGUGAGUUAUUACAUGUGCUGGUACACGAUGCUCGGCGUUCCAGAGCUGAGCAUUUUCGGGGAGCCGUGCGACAAUCACGCGAACUGCGAGAUCCGGCCAACGGGGGAUCCGAGGGCCGAUGACACGGAACCGUAUGCCUGCGCCCUUUACAGCUUCUGCCCGGAUCAUUGUUGUCCCAUGAAACGUAUCGGGGAUAUGACGGAUUGCUACCAGUCUGAGGCCAACCCCUGUUACGCUGGGAACGAACCAGGGAAUAGAGAGUGCAAGUUGAGCCGAGAGAAGAAUCAAGAUUUUUUGAGCUUGGUUGGGAAUCAGAGCUGCCAAUGCGGCGAGCCCGGUUACGAGUGGUCCGCGAGAUACGGCCUUUGCGUGGACAUAAACGAGUGCGUCCGCGGCGAACACCGUUGUUCCGUAGAUGAAGGGGAGACGUGUUGGAACAUGCCUGGCGGUUACGAGUGCGUUUGCAAAUUUGGUUACACUUACGAUGAGGAGAAGAGGGAGUGCGUGGAGAGCCCCGAGGUUGCCCUCGUGUUGGCGGGGUGGAAAGAGGAGGAGAACGUCACCGAGGAGAAGAACAUUAUCGAGAUGAUCGUGAAAACUCUCGCCAGAGCUGCUGCCAAUCGUCCCGUGAUCGAUCGUUCGAUCCUUUUCACCGUGAUGAUCGUCCCACGCCUCUUUUCGUUCCGAGAAAUAGUCGGGGAUGCGAUAAUACCUCUUUCGCCCUUUUUACAGACAUAUAGUAGAAUGGAACAAGACACUUAG